AAAGCGGGUGCACGCUUGACUAUAGUGCCGUUUCGACGUUUAAGUGAAUCGCACGUGGCGUGCUAGUGCAGUAUUGGUUUUAUGAGAUCGAUGGAUUAACUUUUCAAUUAAAAAAAAUCAAAUAGAAAUAUCAAAAUGGGACACGGCGAGAAAAAGGGCACUAUAAUUCUUGACAAUUUCAAUUCGACUCAGCAAGAAGAGUACCACGUUUUAUUGCGAACGUCAACCAUGAAGCAACACUCAAAUAUAUACACUUAUGUUUUUUCAUCGAAGCAAUACGUGAUACGUCACAGUCUUAUAGACUUGGAAAUGUUCUUGAGUAGUUUCGAUCGUUCCAACCUCACAUCCAACCCUGGUUUCCAGUCGACGUUAACUUUGGGAUCAAAAGAUGCUAUUAACGAAAAGGCUUAUAAUCCCUUUGAGCACAGAAAAGUCGAACAUCCAAAUUCGACAAUUGGUUCUCUGGCGCACCUUUUGAAAUCCUCACUCGGCUCGGGGAUCUUGGCUAUGCCGGCUGCCUUCAGGAAUGCUGGAUUGGCUGGUGGGGCCUUUGGAACGAUUGUCGUUGGAUUUAUUUGCACGCAUUGCGUAUAUGUACUCGUAAAAACAUCACAAGAAGUAUGUGUAGAAGCAAAGAGGCCUUCAAUGGGUUUUGCGGAGACUUGUGGAGCAGCCUUCGAGUUUGGUCCUAAAAGAUUAAGACCGUGGGCGAAUUUUGUUCGAAUCUUCAUAGACUGGGCUUUGACCUGCACAUAUUUAGCCGCACUCAGUGUUUAUAUUGUAUUUAUCGCAGAGAAUUUUAAAGAGGUGCUCGACGCGUACAUACCGGCGUAUAAGUUAUCUGUGGAAACCUACUGCGCUCUUACUCUAUUACCUUUGGUGCUUAUCUGUCAAAUUCGAAAUUUAAAAUGGCUGGUGCCCUUCUCCGCGAUCGCCAACGUCUUUCUCGUCAUCUGUUUCGCUAUAACUAUGUACUAUAUAUUUACUGAUUUACCUAGCCCCGUAGAAAGGGAAAUGGUUGCUAGUGUUUCUCAAUGGCCUUUGUUUAUAAGUACAGUGAUCUUCGCGAUGGAAGGCAUCGGUGUCGUGAUGCCAGUUGAGAAUGAGAUGGCUAAACCAGAACAAUUCCUGGGAUGCCCUGGUGUCCUCAAUGUGGCUAUGACAGUCGUGAUCGGCUUGUAUGGUAUUGUCGGAUUCUUCGGAUACAUGAAGUUUGCUGAUGAAGUGAGAGGAAGCGUUACUUUGAAUUUACCUCAGGAUGAAAUGCUCGCACAAAGUGCGAAAAUUCUCAUGGCGUUAGCCAUUCUGUUCACAUACAGCUUGCAGUUCUACGUACCUAUGGAAAUGAUUUGGCGGCAACUCCAUCAUAAAAUUGCUGUCAAAUUCCAUAACAUCACACAGAUUAGCAUACGCACUGUUUGCGUCAUUGGAUCAGUCGCUCUCGCCGCAGCAUUCCCAGAUCUAGAAUUAUUCAUCAACCUAUGUGGAGCCAUCUUCCUCUCAACACUCGGUCUUUUAACACCAGCCAUAGUAGACAGCGUUCAUAAAUGGGAGCGUGGACUUGGUAUCUUCAAAUGGAUUCUUAUAAAGAACAUUGGUAUUGCUUUACUUUCACUGGUGGCAUUAUUCGCAGGAUCAUACUCUUCUAUACAUGCUAUGGUGGUAAAGUUCAGUACUGUAGAAGCGAUGAACGGAACAGUUAGUUUUAAUGAUACUUUGACAGUAUGAGAUGCAUGGGACAUUUUUUUAAACAGGUGUAAUUGUUGUCUAUAAUAAUUUGAAUUUUAUAAUACAACAGCCGGACAGAGUCGUAAAUUAAAUUAUUACUAAUUGUAUCAUUACUUUAGAUAAACGAAAUGCCCGUUUACUCAGCAACUGUUGAAAUUUAAACGGCAUAAGAAAAUAUAAAGCUUUAAUUUACAACUCUAGUAUGGCUGUAUGUAACAUAAGUAAAAGUAAAUAUAAAGAACACGUUUCAUUAGCUAAUUUUAUAUAUUUCUUUCAAGAGUACAAAAUAUUUGCAAAUUUAAACAUACAAAAUAGCUUUUAUUAUUUAUAAUGUUGUCUAAGUACAGAUUGAUAACCGAUUUGACCGACCAAUUGAUUGAUUGAUGACAGCUAAUAUUAAAAUGCUAAUAAUUUUAAGUUGUUUAAGACGUAGGAAUUUGAGUAUAGACAAAAAAUUGGUGCAAAGCCAGAAUCUCGCACUGCUAUACAUAGCGUAAAGUAGGUACGUUAAAGAUGCAUCUUUUUGCUUAACUUACACAUAAGUACGAAAUAGAACGAAUUGAUAAAAUUCAUGCAACCUACCAAAUUUCAUUAUUAAUUUGGAAAUUGUCAACAAUAGAGAUGGAAAUUUUUUUUUUUUGCUGGAAUAUAAAAUAGAACUUAAAACUUUUUAUUCAUUAAGUUUAGAUGUAUGAUAAGCUAAAAUUGAUAGGAUCAAACUUAAUGAUAAGAUAAAAAUCACAACAUUGGAUUAAAAAUUUAAAUUGAAAAAAUUCUUGUACUAAUAUUUAGUUAGAUUGGAGCGCAAUCCAAUCCGGGAAAAUGAGUGUUUAAUUAUAUGUAUUUUCCCUUAUUACAAUCAAAUGUUCUUCCGAAUGAAUGUAUAAUUUUAGAAAAUGAGUAUACUUCCUUAAUUAAAGAAAGUAAUUAAUAUUAAUUGACAGUAUAAUUAAUAUUACGAUGACAUAACAAAAUAAUAUUUUACUUCAAUUAAUAGAGUGGCUGUGUUAACAAAAAAUUAAUUAAAUAUAACUCUUUGUCAAAAAUUUGAAUGGUUUGAAAUCUGGCGAACACUCGCUAUAGAAAGAAUAUUAGAAAACAGUUUGACAUUCUUAUUGUCUUUUUAUGUAUGAUUCUACUGUACGUGUGUAUGUCACUGAAAUCCUCUUAAACGGCUGGACCGAUUUGAAUGCAUUUUAGGUUGCAGAUACUAUGUAUAUAUAAUAAGGUUUAGAUUCACAAAUCAGUCCGGCAGAUGGCGUUGCAGGCGGUACUUUCAUACUUAGUUUAAUGUCCUAAUCGCUUGAAAUAUUAUUCUGGACAACGUCUGUCGGGUCCGCUAGUAUUAUAUUUUAUCAUUUAUCUUAUACCGCAUUAGAUUAGGCUUGAACUGUUAUGUCACUUCACAUGUUACCAAAUAUGAACUUUAAAUUAAUAGCAUACGGUCGAAUUUUAUUUGGCACCAAUUCGACAACUGUUGCAUAAUCAGAUUCAGACGCUCGCUUAGCAUGCAUCACUAAAUAUAUAUUGAUGUUAGUGCAUUAUCACAUGGCAAAAGUUAGCUGAACUACAAAUCUAUUCAAACUCAUAUUAUUGAUAGAUGUUGCUUGGACAAGUCAAGGCUCUAAAGGCUCUUUUAUUCCUAUUAAAAACAGUUUCACCAGAUCUCAAACCAUGAUGGCCAUAUUUCUAGUAUUACAAAAUAAUGGUACGGAGGCGUGGCUCAUACCGAUAUUAAAACAUACAUAUAUAUUGACUAUAAAUUUUUGUGAGAUAAACUAUUAAUGUAUAAUCUAUGUUUACCUAGCUAAUUAAUUCUAACCAUCUGGCAUAGCUUACAACUGUGUAAAUGAAGUAAAUUAUUGACAAUUCAAUUGGAUAAACGAAUCGAAAUCUUUUAAAUAUUGGACUCUUUAAAUAGUUUCAAUUUAAGUUGUACGAGAAUCAAUUGACAAAACAAUUUAAAUAUGACCUAACAAUAUGUAAUUAAACUUUUAUAUAAAACCGAUGACUUCGGUAUUGUAUGAGUAAUAUUUCUGGAUAAUUGUAUAAAUAAAGAACUUAAAUGUGUUUUUUCUUUAUCCGGUGUGACUACAACAAAUUGGUGUAAAUCAUUAUUAAUUUAAUUUGUGAACUCUUCAAAAUAUGCCCAACCUAUAAUGUAGCCGAACCGUGUUAAUUUAAUUAAUAACGAUAUUUUGUUGUAUAUUUUAGUUAUUUUACUAUGAGUUGUGCGGAAUGUGAUAUUUAAUAUAGAAUAGAAUGUAAUGUAAUUUUUAAGCAAUUAAAUGCAAUAUGGUAUAA